GAGUGACGUUUCUAAGUACACAUUGACAUUUAGAAAAUAUUGAAUAAGUUUUUCUGUAGGUUUUUGUUCAAGUUGAAUUAUAAAUAAACCAAUAAUUAUUCCGUAUAAAACUUACAAAAAUGAAUUCAAUAAUAAGAAGAAGCUUUUACCCGAUUUAUAAUAACACACAUAAGUUAACUUGCCGUUUUUUAGCUGAUGCGAAAAUCAAUGAAAAAAUUGAGAAAAUAGUAAAAGAUAAUAAAGUAGUAGUUUUUAUGAAAGGCGUUCCUGAUUCUCCUCGAUGUGGUUUUAGCAACGCUGUUGUGCAAAUUAUGAGAAUGCACGCCGUACCGUAUGAAAGUCAUGACGUUUUAGCUGAUGAAAAUCUACGACAAGGCAUUAAAGAUUAUUCAAACUGGCCAACAAUUCCUCAAGUAUUUAUAAAUGGAGAAUUUGUUGGUGGUUGUGACAUAAUGCUUCAAAUGCAUCAGUCGGGAGAACUAGUGGAAGAGCUCAAAAAAGUUGGAAUAAAAAGUGCUUUACUGACUGCAGAUGAAGCUAAAAAAGAGGGGAACAAGUAGUGCACUGGAUACACGUGACAUGUUACACUGCAAUAUUAAAUCAACAAAAUUAAUUUUAAUAAAAAAAUUAACACUACCAUAUGAAAUAUAAAAACUAUUAAAAACAUUUAAAAAGAGUUGAUUAAGGCAAUAAUGUAAAACUUUAUAAUGCCUCCACUCCAUUUUUAAUAUUAAAGGUUUACAUCUUUAUAUAAGUUAGGCAACUUAGAAGAUGAUUACUAAUGACUCUAAAAUAUAUAACAUUAGUUGUAGCUAGUGAUCAAGCUUCGCUUAUCCUUGUCUUUCUAUCAUUUUUGGUAGGCACGAAAUUUAUUUUUAGUAAAUAUAAUAAAAUGAUUUUGACUAGAUAUCAGAAAUUAGUCAAGUCAAACUCAAUAGUGAAGACAUUGAGUUUGUAUGUGAAUCACAACUUAUUGCUGUAUUUCAAUUGUGGGAUAUUAGAGGAAGUUAGUUUAUCUGAAAUGGAAAUCCAAUACUUCUCUACAAAUAAAAGUAUAUUUGAAGUAUAUGGUAAUUUUGCUUUACAGGCUUUGAGUGUCAUCAGUAGGGAACUUGAGAGGUUGAGUAUUGAGACACAAGCCAAACUACAAAUCUCUAAUGUACUGCCUCAACUUAACAAAAUGUAUUGAAUCAACUUAUAAAAAUGGUUUUGAGUCACAAUCCACUGCGGCAAAUUUAACUCCACUAUACUUAAAAUGUUAAGUUGUAAUUUUGCAUAAUAAAGGUUCCAUAAAAUAUAAUUCUUAGUCUCCACUAUAAUGUUAAUUUAAUAUUGCAAUGUAAUAAAUUAGAUCUUCGUCAAUAAUUGUUGUUUUACCUUGUUUUGUAGACUAGACAUUGCUGUAGUUUAUUUUACGUAUUUGUAAACAUUACAUAUUUGUACAUUUAUAGUAAUGUUCAUAAAAAAGUUAAAUAAAAUGACAGCUAAUGCUAUAAUGUCGUGCGAAUUGUAUUCCCAUAUAUUUAUAAUAUAUAGAUAAAUUUAAGACUGGACAUAGACCAGCUAUUAGCGAAUAUAAAAAAACUGUAUUUACUCUAACCUAUUUUCAGUUAAUCUGAAGAGUAAAUUAUAGUUAUUGAAGAGGUUACUAACUAACCAUUUUUAAUAGUGUACAAACAAUACAUGUUACUGAUUAACCACUUAUGAUAAGAUUGUUUUGCAGUAGAUUUUAUUGGUUUUUAUUUAUAUUUGCACAAAUAAUUGUUAAUUCAUAUUCAUGACAGAUUAUUGGAUAUUAUUAUGUGACAGUUUCAGACAUCAGUUAAGUUAAUGCGGGAUAAGUAAUAAUUCACAAUGUAUACUUAGUUUUAGCUCGGUAAAACUAUGCUUAUAUAAAAUGUUAAAUGACUUCCAAAUAUAGAUUUUUAAUUAUGUGAAUAUGCAUUGUUACUAAGCUUGUUUCUAACCUUGUCUAAAUGUACUCAUAAAAUGGGUUCGGCUUAAUAAAAAUAAUAAUGAUAUAGAUAAUCAUAAAAUCUGGUUCAGCAAUCAAUACAUAUAAUUUUGAAUUUAAAAUAUGUAGAUUACUAUCCGCAAUUUCAAUGAUUAUAUUUGUAUGUUAAUUAUUUUGUGAUGUUUUAUUUUAAAGCAAGUUAACCAUUUUUGUUGUGAUUAAAAAAAAAUAACAAUUUUGUGUAGUAAAAUGCUAUGUUAUUAGUUUUAUCUAUAUAUCUUUUAGAAGUGAAAUAAAAGAUUUUUUGUUUAA